AUGGGAAAAAGAAAAGCAGAGUCUGGCGGAAACAGAAACAAAAAGUACAAGGUCAGUGGUUUUAUUGAUCCAAACACUUCAGGAGUUUAUGCCACUUGCAAUAGAGGCAGAGAACAGGGAUGCCGUAAAGAGUUGAUGAACCUCUUUUCCGAGAAAAUCGACCAGUGGUAUCCAGGAUGGGAAGACAAGGUAGAGGAUGACGAAGAGGAGCAGAAGAAAGAUGAAGAGAAGAAAGAAGAAUUGUCUGUGGAAGAGAAAAUCAAACAGGAAUUGGCCGAGUUGAACGAGUCCAAAAAAGAUAAAAAGUCUACCAAGUCUAUUCUCCAGCCUAUGGAUCUAGGGUGUGAGUGCCUAGUUUUCAUCAAAACAAAGAAACCGGUAGAUCCAGCUGAACUCGUACAUAGAUUGUGUGAGGAGUCAGCCGCCAGUAAGUCCAAGAACACGCGGUAUACACAGAAGUUGACUCCAAUCUCAUAUUCAGUGUCUGCGUCGAUGGAAGAGUUGGUGAAACUCGCUGAAAAGGUGUUAAAGCCACAUUUCCAUGCCGAUAACCAGAAACCAGUAACUUUUGCCAUUCAAGUCACUAGAAGAAACUUCAACACUCUUGAAAAGGACGAUAUUAUCAAGACUAUUGCCAAUUGUGUGGGCAGAGACCAUGGCCACAAGGUGGACUUGAAGAAGUACGACAAGUUGAUCAUGGUUGAAUGCUACAAGAAUAAUAUCGGCAUGAGUGUAGUAGAUGACUAUCUUCGUUACGAGAAGUUCAACUUGCAACAGAUUUUCGAGAAAGACAUGGGUGGGGCCAGCAUGUCCCGAGUGGCAGCGUCUUCCGAGGCAAAGUAA